CUGGGGGGGCGGGCUCCAUUCCAUUAGACAAGGAUUCUGCAGAAUUUAUAUACCCUGCACCGCAGAAUUCAACAAGUGGGAUUAACAUCGAUAAAAGGUUUUCGCAUCAUUGUCGGCGUCGGGAGGUCGGGCUGCGGAGAUGGUCCUGCGGCUUCUGCUUUGACUUGGCCUGGCGCGGCCCGUAAAAUGGCGGCGGCACAUCAGUCCCGCCAAUGCUCGGGGAACUUGGUGUCCCUGGGCAUUCCUCCUCACCCCCAGCGUUAUCAGGCGCUGCUCGAUGAGUCGGAGCCGUUUCAACUCGUAUUGAAGACGUUGGAGGGGCUGCCAUUCAGAGCGAGUUUAUUGGAGGGAGUGGCAGAUGUCCAGUGUCAGCUACGAUUGAGCCUCUUUGAUAUAACGUACUCCCAUUUCUUUGGCAGAACUUGGAAGAGUUCUCCACAUCCCAUAAAGCAUACCCACGGUCAGCUAACCAAAGUGUCAUUCAAUCAGGCUGUUUAUUUCCACACACCCCUGAACUGUACCCACCUUGCGAUAAUUGUGGAGGUAGUGGCUAUUGCAAGGAAGCGUGAAGGAAAUGAACAGAUCCUCUCAUGUGGGUUUGGAAUUCUUCACUUACCAAACAGGCAGAAGCUUGCAUCAGAUGCAGAUAGAAGUCAAAAAGCUAAAAGAUUGAAUCUCUAUCAUGGCACUCCAAGAGCAUUGCUGCAUCCAGCAUCAGAGGAUCCCAUCGAGAGGAAUAGAUUUAUGACAUUGAUUGAGGGCAGCACCAUCAUUUACUCAUUAUUAAUUCAUCCUCCCCUGAUGGAAGUUCGUCACCUCAUCCCUGAAAACCUAUUGAUCUCAGGGUCAGAAACAAUUCCCGGUGUAGCUGCACCCUCUGGACAGACAAGUGAUGCUUUGAAGAAACCUCAUUUACUGAAGACUGUAACAUGUUUCUUGGAUAAGCUGUCGCUUCAGCUAUACCCAACGGUGGAAAAAUUUGAAGAGGAGCUGGUGGAAUUGCUUAAUGCUGACAGGCUGCUUAAGAGCGACCAAGUUGCUGAUGGAAGUACCGUUGUUAUUCAAGAACGAAGGCUACAUGUCGGUGUUCACAAUGGCUUAUGUUAUGUGCAGAAGCCACAGGUGGUGGUUUUGAUACCAGGGACAAUGCAAGGGAAAUCGGGGAACAUUUCCAAAAGUUUGCUGAAGAAAUCUCUGAUUCUCAGAAGCCGUAUCCAGCUGACAGAAAUAGUUAAACACCAAUCCUUUGGUAUAGUUUUCCACUUGGAGUAUGUGUUCUACACCUCCGCAGGACAAAAAGGAACGGUGUCUUCUACCACCUCCAUGGAUCAAACUGCAUAUAUGCAAACACUGAGGUGGGCUGUUUGGAAUCCAUUCAUGGGACCCAGCACCUCUGAUAUAACAGUAUCACUUCAGGGCGGACCUUCACCCAACCCAAGCAAUUUGCUGGUUUACAAAACUCCCUCCACAGAGAUGAGUUCAGAUGAGGUGAAACAGGUGGAGUCAGGUACCAUCACCUUUCACUUUUCAUGCCGAGGAGAUAGGCGUGUGAGCCUAAGUUCUGAACAACCAGCGAAUACGUCUGAGAAAAAAUCCCAAAUGUCUUCAUCAUCCAUGAGAAAAACCUCAGAACCUUCUGGGCCUCAACAAGGGACAGGGGAAGCUCUGCAAAGAGGGAGCAUCAUUUAUAUGGACUCAAAUGCAGGUCCAAAUUCCCAAAUGGUUGAACAGUUGCAUGAAUUGCCUUUUAUACCAAAUCAGCCACCAAUCAUGGCCAUGGGAACAGAGAUUGGAGGGACAACGACUGUGACUUCAAGGGCAGCUUUGGCACAGAUGCAUGCAUUUGGCUUCCCUGAGAUCCGAGAUGACAAUAACGAGCUGGCAGUAGUGAUUGACUCAGAUAACCUUCCAAACAUUAAUUUGCGGAUGGAGGAAUCAGACCAUCUUCAGAGCAACGAGAUAAUUCUGCAAUUCCUGGCUUUCAGCAGGGUACCUCCAGAAAGUAAUCAUCCAAGAGCAGUCUACUUCACCUUUCAGUUUUAUCGCUUUCCACCAGUAACAACCCAACAGCUGCAGCUCGUGAAGGUGAAAGGAAAGGGAUCUUCAAACUCCAUGCCUUUCAUCCUUGUACCACUACAUAAAAAUGGCAUUGAUAAUAUUGAUUCUCCAGGGUUGGAACUAAAAUUUAUGGUGGAGCCAAGUCUUAUGAAGGAUGGAGAACAGCUGUGGUUUAUGCAGUACCUGGCCAUGCAGACAUUGCAGAUUGAUGUAUGGGAUGGAGAAUCCUUGCUUCUGAUUGGCACUGCUUCUGUAGACCUAAAGCAUUUGCUACGUCACGGUCUCACUGCAGUCCAGGUGUCUCAUGAGCUGGAUGUCGUAAGUACAGACUAUGCCCCUGAUGUACCAAUGUCCCUGUCUGAUUUCACAAACCAUGGUGCUGUUAAGCCUAAUGGAGUGACAACAGUAACAAAAGGAAGACUACAUCUGCGCUUAGGAAAUGUUGGUCACCAGAGUGAGCUGAGGGCAAAGGGUUUUUUGCCUUUCCUUCAGUCAAAGGUCAUUUCUGCCCAUGACGGGAUCAGUGGGUUUUCUGGUGGGAGUUUGUCUACUGUGAAUGUGAGGAGACUAAAAGCUGACAGUGUACGCAGAGCACAGCGUUUGGUGGACCUAGAUAGUGAGCUGGCUUCAGUCCUUUUUUCCAGAGCAAGAGUUGAUAGUUUUGGGCAGAAGCAAUUGGACAGUGAGGCAGAGGUUAUUCGCAGACGGAAGCUGAGCCGGAUGAUGUCUGUUCGACAGCUUGAGUCUGGCACUCCUCUUCAGUCAAAGAGCCACAUUCUGGCAAAGCGUGAGGAACGGAUUCAGCAUGAGCGAGACCUACAGCUCAUAGAAGCAUAUCGUGAGCAAACUAAAGCAGAGACUAUCAGCAAGAUGUUAUCACAGGCCAUUAGUACACAGUUCACAUUGUACUCCACACUUGGGAAUGCAGAAUUUUUUGAAUUUACUCUGAAAAAUCCUUACAAUGUUCAACACACUGUAACAAUUGAAUGUGAACAUCCGGAACUCAGUGUCAUUGUGAACAGCAGAGAAUGGAAGUACUUCAAGAAUCUUAGCAAAGUAUUGACCCCUUUGGAAGAGGAUAUGUUCCACGUUGACGGAGGCAUGCAGUUCCCACAAAUCUACCUGCGGCCCAAGGAGACUGUCUAUAUCCCGUUUAAAUUUCAGACCUUUAGUGCUGACCAUUCUGUUCCCUCGCAGGGUCCAGCUAAUGGGAGUCUUGUAAGAAAGAACCUGAUUAAUCAGCAACAGUCCAACACACCCAAGAUAAUCGAAGUUUAUUUUAAAAUCGAAAAUCAGAAGCCAAUUGCCAUCCUACAUGUGAAUGUUGCAGCUCAGCCAUAUGUAAUUGAUCAGACAUUCCGCUUUUACCAUCCCGAGCUGACAUUUCUGAAGAAAUCUAUCCGCCUCCCUCCACUGCAUGUUCUGAAAGGUAUGACAGUGCAGACGUCACUUGCUGAGUUUCAAAUCCAUGUCCGCUGCAGCGAUUUAAACGUCAUUUGUGAAGCAAAGAAAAUGGCUCCCAAUGAGCCCCAAGAUCUUUUCUUGAAAGUGGCAUGUGGACCUUCUCCAGAGAUCAAGAAGUUCUUUCUCAUGAUUUACAUGGAUCCCUGGCUGGCUGUGCCAAUCCAGAUAUGGCAGUUCUACGUACAGUCACUCCAUCGGAUAGAUGUCAACUGUGUGGUCGGCCAGCGGACACAAUUGUCACUGGUGUUGCGAGGGACACAAUCUGCCCGAAAUGUGGCCGCCUACACCUCAAACACUGAAGAGCUUAAGAUUAAGCCAUCAGAUGUCUUCCUACUUCCACCACAUGUGGUCAAGGACCUGCACAUUAGCAUCCGGCCUCAGAAGGAAGGAGAUAGAUGCAUCUAUCUGAACGUGGUGGAUGUAGAUUUCCAUCAGCUGGUGGCUUCUUGGCUUAUAUUCUUAAAUUGUACACAACCCACCAUCUGUAAGGCUUUUGAGAUCUCUAUUCCUGUCGAGGAAGGGAAAGGUAGCAACAAGCGCAUCAGUUACACCAAUCCUUACCCAACCAAGCGAGUGUACUUCCUGCGAAACAAUCGCCCUGAUUUACUCCAAUUCAAAGAAGAUUCUUUCCAGGUUGAAGGUGGUGAAACCUACCACAUAGGCCUACGGUUUGCACCAAGCCAGAAUCCUGGGGAGGAGGAAAUCCUGAUUUUCAUUAAUGAUCAAGCUGAAAAAAAUGAAGAAACUUAUUGUGUGAAAAUAACAUACCAAUAAAAUCUACUUAAAUGCCUAAUGCACCGGAGUGUGAGAAGUCACACCAUUUUAAGAGAGCUACAACCCUCUUCCUCAGCCUCUCAAGAAUCGUCACUGCUGGAGCUCACGUGCACGUGCCAGACUGUCAAUGGAGUCUCUCGGACAAGAUGUGACUAUUGCACAAGAAAAACUUCCUGCUCCAUUUUAGACUCCUGUAUAAAUGCCUGCUGCAUGUCAGCCUGGUACUCUGCUUCAGACUGCAUAAAAUUAUUGCUAUAUCAUAGGGUUGUAUCACUCAACUCGCACUUCAGUUUCCAACUCCAACUCCAAAUUGUAACUCCUUCCCCUAAUAUGGUCCUAGUUGUGGAUAGUACACAAGCUUCAUUCAAGCCUCACUCAUAAAUAUAAAUGCUUGCUUCUGUUUCCAUAAUAUCAUGCACCAUUGGGAGAACACAUUCCCACUGCUGCUGAAAGCCGUACCUUUAUUUUCAUUAACUCAAACUUCUCCUGCUCCAGCAGACCCCUCACCAGUCUCCCAGACUCCAUCCUGGACAAUCUCCAAUUCAUCCUGUGUGCAGCUGCUCAUCUCUUUUGCAAUGUCCCUCUCACGCAGCAGUGGCCUCCUUCAACACCUAUUGGCUACCAGUUCAAAUCAAACCAAAACUAAAGCUCUUGAUAUCCAAUACAAAUCUCUCCAUGGUCUUAUAUCACUGACCUAUUCAAAUUCAUGGUCCUACGACCCAGGUGAUGUACUGUUAAAUUUCAUUUAUGUCCUUGUGUGAUAAUAUUUCCGGUUAGAAUUUAUUCAGUAUUAGAGUCUUCACCUUCUUUCUUCUGAAGCUCCCUACUUAUUUUGCUUCUCCUUUAUCUGUUUUUUAAAUCCUUUUCAGAACAUUCUGUUGGUUAACUAUUCUCUUUCUUCUACCUGAUCUGUGUCGUCCUUUGUGAAUCAACUGGGAGCAUUUGACUGCGUUAAAUAUGCUGGACGGAUACAACCUCUUCUUCCUUGCUGACCAAAUAAAAGCCAGGAAAUUCCACUGGCAGAAGGUACUUAAUCAACAACACUUUACCUUCUCUCCUUUAAGUGGAGGAAGGUCCUUGCAGAGAAUGUUCCCCCUUCUUGCCCCCACUCCUCAUGGAGUCCUCCUCGGGGUCCUCAACUCACCCCCUUCAACCCCUACACAAAGUGCUCCUAAUGGUCCCCACCUCCGGUCCUCUCACCUAAACUCUGGCCCUUAGUUCCCCACAACUCAUUGUGCUUCUCGUUAACCUCUUCCCCUCACCCAUAGAGUUCUCCUGCUUUUCCCAUGACCACUGCACAGCUGCUCCUACCAGUCCUCUAAGUCCCUACUGAGCAUUCUUGCUGGCAUAGACCUCACAUGUAAUACCCUGAGAACAUCUUUGUUUAUCUGUAUUCUGAUAACACAGAACUCGGCAGUGAGAAUGGCAACAAAGAUUUUCAUUUUAUCUCCUUCAAUCUCUUCAGCUGGAGUGACACCAAAGAAAUAAGAUCUAAAGAAAUCAGCUAUUUGAUAGCUGAAAGUUACCCGAUGUUAUCAGGGGAAGAUGAGAACUUACUUGUAACUGUAAAGUCUGUAACAAGGUCUUUAUGGAGGUGCUGCUGAAACAAUGACAGCUCAAAUGGCCUGGAACCGUGAAGUGUAUAGGAAAUGUGCGAUGCUUGUUAAAAAAAAAUCUACUGACACUUUCGUUCUGGUUUUAUAAUGUAGACUUACAGGUGGUAUCUGCACUGACAGUAAAAAAGGAAAGAAUCUGCAGGGCUCUGGGUAGUUUUCAUGGGGUGUGGGUCGAGCACAGCUAGCACAGAUGCAAUGGGCCAAAGGUCCUCCUUCCAUGCUGUAACCUGCCUGUGAUUCUGUUAGACAUGUCUGUGCUGAAACGUAAUGUCUGCACUGACAGCGUUCAUUUGACAGAUGUAUCAAAUCUGAGAAAUAGUGACCACAGGUGCACUUGUUCUUACUGACGGGUAGCAAGCAGUCUCUGUAUUAACAGGUAGAGUCCUCAUUAACAGUCAUGCACCACACUGACAGUCAGUAGCCUUAUUUGACAGGCAAUCUCCAAAUUAACAGGCAGUGCCCACACUGACAGGUAGUCUCUAUAUUAACAAGCAGUGCCCACACUUAAGGUAGACUCUAAAUUAAUAAACAGUGCCCACAGUGACAGGUGGGCUCUAUUUUAAUAAGCAAUGCCCACACUUCAGGUGGUCUCUAUGUUAAUAGGCAGUGCCCACACUGAUAGACACACUCUAACUGGUGGUGUCUCUAUUGGCACACUGUCAGGUACUGUUCAUAUUGAUAAAUGUCAUACACACUGAAAGCUGGUGUCCAUAUUGACGGGAUGUCUCCAAACUGACAGCACCAUCAGCAGUAACAGGCAUCAUCUGAACUGACGUGUAAUUAAUCAGAUGUUGACUCCAAAAUAUGUUUAUGAAAAAUAUAUUUUUAUGUGGAGAAAAAUAUUCAAGUUCUUAAUUUUUUAUUUUUAACAUUGUGCCUGUGUUGGUUUUCUGAAAGGUACAAUCAUUUCACUUCCAACAUGCAGCUGGCAUCAGGGUAAUACAGGAACUCCUGUGGCAGCUUGUAGCCUGUGAAACUGCACAGACAAUUUGCCCUUGUUUGUCAUGAAAAAUCUACAAAAUAUAUUUUUAAAGAGAGAAUAUGCAUGUUUACUACAAACAUCUGCGUUGUGUACAGAUUUUUACAAUGUUAUUUGUAUUAAUUUAUUCCUUUUAUAUUUCCAUGUUUUGUUAUUGAUUAGUAUUAUAGAAAAAUUGUUUUACAGUUUA